CAUUUCAUAACACAAGAACAAUUUAUCAUGGAAUUUGCAUCCUCAAAGGCACUUGGUUUUUGCCUGCUUGUGGCAUGCAUUGUAGCACUUAUUCUUCAAUUGGGACUUGCCCAAGAAAUGAGAAAGACAUCACCUAAGAUGAACGAUGACAGCAUUUUUAAGUGCCUAAAGUUUGCAGUGUCAGCCCCAUUUUACCUAAAAGAUAUAAAGGAUGUAACUAAGAAUGGUAAGAAUGCAGCAAGUUUGGGAAAAGAUUGUUGCGUUGCUUUAAAUGGCCUUGCUGACAAUUGUUGGCCUUUCCUUUUUGAAGUGCCUGAAAUUCCAGUGGCAAUCAAGGAGGCAUGUUCUAUCAUAGGAGCGUAAGUGAAAAAUGGAAACUCAACAUUUCUUUUGUUGUUGUAAUUUUAUGUUCCCGUGUUAUUGUAAUUUCACAUGAAUAAAAUGCCUUUCCGACCAAAAAAUAAUUAAUAAAUGCCAUUCUUCUAA